UCCAGGCUUCCCCCUCAGAAGCUCUCGGACCUCAAAGCUCUGUUUAUCCCAAGGUGACAGAGGCUUGGGGAUCAGGCAGUCCGUGGAGGAAACGGAGACCCACAGAGGGAACCUGCUGUCCCAAGGCCGCGAGCCCAGAGGACUAUCUGUGUGCCCAAGUCCUCAGCUUUCCGUCUGCUCCACCUUGCCUGCUUAUCCAGGCGCAGAUAAGAGCAGGCUAAGGAUGGGGCCGGAGGGCGGGGUAAGCUCCACUCCAUGAUAAGACAACCAGGACUCCGCAGCUGUCGUUCUCCAGAGCCCGAUCUAAGUUGAUUAUGAGUGCCAGGGCCUGGAUGGGGCCGCUUCACUGGGCGCCAUUUACAAACGAGAGUGGGGCUGUGCAGGAAGCUGCGCCUCCACUCACCCAGGUCAGUGAGUGGGUCUGGACAGUCUAAGUCCUCAGCCCUGGCACUGGUUGGCACUUGGCGGGGAACUUGUGUGAGCAGGACACGGCUGACGGCCACUCUCCUGCAGUCCUUCCUGUCCGUCUGACCUCUCCCGUGCCCCUCUGCUGUCCACACCUGGUCCCAGAAACUCAGUUCCCUCCGGCUGCGUCAAGGGCCUUGUGCAUCAACAGCUCCUCCCCACUGGCUUCUUCCCUGUGCUCCACAAACCCGGCCAAGUUCUCCGUCUCUCGGCACAAACCCUGACCUUGAACCUGCUCUUUCUCCACAAGCCUCUCCCUAGGACCCAGUCUGACUCCUCCCUCUCCUUCCCGGGCCUUCUGCAGGAAGCAGUGCUCGGACAGCUCGACCAAGUGGGCGCUCGUCGGCGGCGGCAGCGUGGCUCUGGUGUUGACCAUCGGGAUGGCCCUGGGCUUGACGCUGUCACGCGGCACCCAGCCAGGCUGUGAGCAUGAUGAGGCCUGCCGCCCUGAUGCGGACAUGCUGGACUACCUGCUAAGCCUGGGCCAGAUCAGCCGCAAGGACGGCCUGCUUGUCACCUGGUACCACGCGGCCAACAGCCAGGAAGAGAUGGGAGCUGCCCUGAAGAGCGACGCCAUGGUCUUGGAGGCUGACGUCACUGUGGAAGGACUCAACACAGCCAACGAGACAGGAGUCCCGGUCAUGGCCCACCCCCCGGCCAUCUACAGCGACAACACCCUGCAGCAGUGGCUGGAAGCUGUGCUGGCCUCUUCCCAGAAGGGCAUCAAACUGGACUUCAAGAGCAUCAAGGCUGUGGGCCCCUCCCUGGACCUCCUGCGGCAGCUGACGGAGGAGGGCAGAGUCCGGAGGCCCGUGUGGAUCAAUGCUGACAUCCUAAGGGGCCCCAACGUGCCCCUGCCCAUCGAAGUCAAUGCCAGCCAGUUCCUGGCCCUGGUCCAGGAGAAGUAUCCCGAGGCCACCCUGUCUCCAGGCUGGACCACCCUCUACCUGCCCCUCUUCCCCAACAGCACGUACACCCGUGCCAUGGUGGAGGAGAUGCAGGGGCUGGUGGGAGCACUGCCACAGAGGGUCACCUUCCCCGUGCGGGCUGUCAUGCUGCGGGCUGCCUGGCCCAACUUCAGCUGGCUGCUGGGGCAGUCGGACAGGUACAGCCUGACGCUGUGGCAGGGGGCUUCAGACCCCUUGUCAGUGGACGACCUCCUCUACGUCUGGGACAACUGUGCCGCCCACCAAGUCUACUAUGACCUCUUCGAGCCUGUGCUGUCGCAGUUCAAGCAGCUGGCCUUGAAUGAUACACGGAAGCGAAUGUACUACUCGGGAGGCAGCCUGAUCCCUGUCCUCCAGUCGGCCGGGGGCGACGGCCUGGGCGUGGAGUGGCUCCUUCCAGACAUCCAGGGCCACGGAAGAUCGGCAACAGUCACCCUCCCAGACAGAGAAGGCAUGAUCCUGCUGAACGUCGGCCUCCAGGAAACUGCAGCCGGCGACCCCGUGCCCAUCGUCCAUGCCCCGGGCGGCCCUGCCCUCACGCUGGAGUCGUGCCUGCUGCAGCUGGCCACACGCCCCGGGCGCUGGGGAGUCCACGUGCACAUCACGGAGCCCACAGCCCUCCGGCCAUCCCUGGCCAUCCUGGCACACCUCUCUUCCCUUGGCCACCUGCGUCGGCCUGUGUGGUUUGGGGCCACGAUCUCCCACGGCAGCUUUGUGGUCCCUGGCCACGUGGCUGGCACAGAGUUGCUUGCCGCCGUGGCUGAGGUUUUUCCCCACGUGACUGUGGCUCCGGGCUGGCCUGAGGAGGUACUGGGCAGUGGCUACGGGGAGCAGCUGCUCACAGAUAUGUUGGAGCUGUGCCAGGGGCUCUGGCAACCUGUGUCCUUCCAGGUGCAGGCCGGGCCCCUGGGCCAGAGUGCGGCUGGAGCCGUGGCCAGGCUGCUGGCGGCCUCCCCCAGGGCCACUGUCACGGUGUACCAGAGUGCUGCCGGGGGCAACGACGCAGCCGUGCGGGCAGGACUGCUGGCAGCCAGGGCCGAGGACAGGACCCGCAUCUACUAUAGGCGGUUCUAGGAGCACCGCCCGGACUCGCUGGCGGCUGCUGGCACAAACUCAUCACCCAGGGUGCUGGGCCUGCGGGCCCCUGAGGCAAGAGACAGGGAGCAAUAAAUGUCACUGCCUUCCUCCA